AUGAUAGCGUCUUUGAAAUCAACCGACAAAACUAAAAAUAUAAAAGAAGAUGAUCUUUGUAUGGGUAAUCGGAAAAAGUUGACUCAAUUUAGCAUUGAAGCCAUUGUUGGUGAAAAGAAACAAUUAACCUUAGACGAAACAAUAAUGUCUUCAAAAAAACUCCGUUUGGAUAAUGAUUCUAAAAAUGUUGAAACGAAAAAUGAGUCAGCUUCUAAUUUAUAUGUAAAAAUUAAAAAUGGAAUAAAUAUAACCCAGUUUAAAAAUAAUAAAGAUUCUAUACUAUCUAAAGAUGUCGCAUUGACAAAAAAAAUACCAAAAAAAGUACUUAACGUUGAUCAAAAUGAUGACUUUAUGUUUCGAGAUAAAAGCUCUGAAGUAAAACAUGCGCUCACUCCUAUUAUAGAUGAUAAAAUUCCGAAUCAUUCGUGCAGUCCACAAUUGCCCGCACCUUCACCAAAUUAUCCAGUACAAUCUUGUACUAUAUCUGAAAGUAAUAAUAAUAAUAGUAAUAUAAAUAAUCCGUUACCUCAAACAACCGCAACCAUAAGUCAUAAGAAACUAAACAAGAAUUCAAAAAAGCAAAUUGAGACGAUGAAAAAAUCAGCCAUACAAGAAUCCAAUUUUACCAUACUGAACAUACCAAAUAUACCUGUCAAAGCUAAACGUCAAAGACUGAGCAAAAUAGAUUUGGCAACUCGCAAAAGAUUGAAUCGAAAGAAGGAAAAGAAGAAGAGGAAUCCGAAGAGCAAAAGUGAUAAAGUCAGUGUAGAAUAUGGGAUUAUGGUUUACGGUUAUUCUGAUGGGUCUGAUAGUGAUGUUUCUCUAUCUAGUGAUAGCGAUAGCAGUGAUGUCGACAUAGAUCUUGUUAUUAAAAACGGACCACCUCUGGAGAUGGAUUCGAGCCCGUUCAAGAUGAAUUUUUUGAAGACUUUGCAACUGACUACGCAUAGGAUGAAAAAUUUUAUAGAAUUGCAAAAACUUCAGAAAAGAAAGUGGCUCGAUCCGUGCACAAUCCAAGAGACUUCAAAAGAGAAAACUGUGUCUUUAAACCUACCGGUGCCUUUGAAAUCAACUUUAACUUUAAGUAUGCUGCAAAAUUACAAGGCCAAAAAGGCUUUUUACCAGUUACUUGGUCUAAAAAUCGUUUCUGCAGCAAACAAGCAAGAAUUAGAAAAAAAUUGGCUGGAGGUGGUCAAAGAUCGUCUUAAACGAAAUUGCGAGUCCUCCGUUACGAAAUUCACCGAAAAACUUCAAAAAAUAACGUCGGAGAAAAACGACAGGCUUUCUAUCGAUAACAAGAUCAAUGAAGAACAUUUGAAGCUACCCAUUACGCACCAGUACAAAAUUCAUAAUUUGCACAUCGACAGAAAACAAGACUGUAAAAAUUUUAUCAAUCCGGACAUAGGAACGAAUAACCCUCUCCCUCUCUCCACAAUAUCUCUAGGUAAUCGCUUCAGUAUCAAAACCGCUGACAAAUUAGAUGGAUUUAAAGAAAACAUUUCCGUAGUCAAAGAAGAUUUUAAUAAUAGUUAUAAAUGGCCGGGCAUAGCGAACAUCAUUGAGGCAUAUAAGAAAUAUUCAAAAGACAGGAACGACCAAUCGUGUCAACUGAGGAAACGUCAAUCGAUGUUGGUUGACGAGAAUUCUAAAAAGCAAAAGGAGGUGAGAUCUUUGGAGAGAAGGCAGCGCGAGUUGUGUUCUAUUUUAUUCAGGAGAGAGAACGAAAAAAGAGAACUGCAGAGUAGCAUUGACCAAUUAAAAAAUUGCAUCAAUCCUUUUCGGUAACAUACGUUGAAAAACGUUGAAAAAAAGGGAAGAAAGCACGUGUUUUGGAUUUUUCUUUUUCUUUCAGACUUCCCGUUAUUUUGUUGUAUAAUUGUUAGGAAUUUAAACUGUUAUUAAUUUGGAGUAAAAAAUCCGGAUGAGUCGACCAAAUUCUAGUUUUUUUUAUUAUUAUCGUUAAAUUCUAUACGAGGCGUGUUCAUUUAAAAAUUGGCAUGAACAAGUUGGUUUUCUGGUUUUUAAGGUUGUAUUUCGAAAAUUGCUAGAUGUAAUUGUGUAAAAGACAUUUCUGACACAUGACGGCGCUUUCUCAACUUUCAGAAUUAAUUAGAAAAUUUUAAAUAACGUUAAUAUCAAAAACAAGUCAUCAAUUUUUAAGCUAUUUAUUUAUUUAAAAUUGUUGGUAAAUUGGUAAUCUAUUAAUUUUUUUACGGGUCAAGCCAAAAUUUAUUUAAUUAUUUUUGCCUUUUACUUCUUUUCCUCCAUUAUUUCAUGUAUUUUGUCACAAUUCCAACGUCCUACAAAUUUGGAAGAACAAUUAAAUUUCAAUUAAUUAUUUCAUUCUAGAAUGGCUCGUUCUUUUACUGUUGGCAUUUUUAUUUCAGUUGACUUAAGCUCAUAUCGAUGGAAAGUAAAGUUAAAGGGAAAACUAUUCAAGAGUAUACUGGGUUACUUGAAAGUUCAUUGCGUAAAUCUGUUAAAUUUUCUACUGUAAUGCAUUCUAAAACCUAUAUUCUGCACUGUUUAUUUUGAAUGUGCAAACGGCGUGUCUCAAAAAAUUAACAAAAAAAUAUAUUCUUGAUAAAAACUUUGGCAUCAUUUGGAAAUCCAUAAUUAAGCAUGAAACCGUUUAAAAGUAAGUGGAAUGAUUUAAAUUGAAUAUAUUUUUAAAUCCCUUUCAUUUAUUUUUUUAUUUUCCCUAUUUAUUAUCUAUAUUUUACAAAAUUUGAUGCUCUAGUAUAGAUUUCCAAGUAAUGCAGAACUUUUUAUCAAGAUUAUUUUUUGAAAUGUAAGAAACUUUUCAUUUGCAUAAAAUUUUUUGGGCCACCCUGUAUAAGUAACACUAUUAUUCAAGCAUUUUCGAAAUAUGGUUUGGCAAAAUUUUUAAUGGGACUUUUUGAUUAUUUCGGUAUAAUCAAUAAAUUUUGUACAAAAGUUAAUUGUUGUGUACAAUAUAUUUAAAAAAAAAAACACAUUAUUUUAAUCAGUUUUAAAAGUUUUUAUAUAAUUAUGGAAUAACGUCGGUAUUAAGUUAUCAAGAAAUAUUACCGAAAUUAAAUUAUUCUCAUAAAUAUUAUUAUGUAGUUGUUAUAUUUUAUUUAUAUAAUGUAUUUUAAUGACUUAAAUUAAUCAAACGUACAAAAAAUGCUUUUUGCUUUUUUUUAUUAAAUUAUAUUAAUUUUUUAUUUAUUGAUUACAGUGUGUGUCAAAACUAUUAUUUUUUUAUAUAAAAUCAAAAUUUAACGUUAUAAAAAUGUUUAAUUUUUAAAAUGGUUGAAAACAGUUGAUUUAGUUUAAUUAAAUAUUGAAAUAAGAAAAAAAAUAUAUAUACAUAAUUAUACAGGGUGGGCCACCGGUAACGCUUCUGUCUGUAAAGAUAAAACUAAUUUCUUUUUUUUUUUUUUUUUUUAAUUUGUUUACACAGAUGUAUAUUAGUAAAGGCAACGAUUUAAAAAUUAUUUUAAUUGAUAUACAGUGUGUCCCUUGGAAAAGGUACAAAAUUCUAGAUUUAAAAUUUCAGUUUUGAGAAAUCAAGGAUGUCUAGAAAAUUUUCAAAAAACUAUUUUACUCCUGAGUAAAGUGCAUUUUAUGUUGCAGAUAUGGCCGAAACAAAAAGUUGGUUACAAUGAUCAUCUAGGUCCAUAUGUACCAAAUUUGAAAAUCUUCGACCAUCUAUGAUUUUUCAUUUAUUUUGUAAAGAUGGCGAAUUUUCGGUAACAGAUACGUUAGAAAAUGAAAAUCAAAAUAUAAGUCCGUAUCCCAAAUUUAAAAAUCCUCUGUCAACUUUGAUCUUCCAUAUUGACAAAAUAAAUGAAAAAUCAUAGUUAGCAGAGUAUUUUUAAUAGACUUCAAAAAAGAAGUUCUCAAUUCGUCGGAAUAUUUGUUUUUGUUCAGCGAUAAUUCUUUGAUUAGAAUUUGUUAGAAAGGGGGUACUUCAGGCGUGGUCCCAUAUCAAUUUGAUCAAGAUCUAAUAAUUGUGUCCAUGAGAAAAUUAUCAAACUUUUCAUUUUUUUUUUAUGUAUGUUCAACGAUAAUUCUUUAGCACGUCUGAUUUUUAUGAUUCUUUUUUUGUUAGAAAGAGGCGUUCGUCAGGGCUGGUUCCAUAUACAUUGAUAUCUAUGAUAAAAUCAGUAAACUCAAUUUAUAAUGGCAUCUGAAUUGAAGUCGGUUUUUUAAAAUUUUAUAACUUGAAAUUGAUAUGAUUUUCAUAUAAAACUACUAUUUAUAGCAUGUGAAAUACCCUGUGUAAUUCCAUAAUAUUUGGUAUUGUUAUAAUGGGAAAAGCGAGGGCAAUUCAAAUAAAAUACAGGGUGUUCCAUUAAAAAAAAAAAAACUAAUUUUGUUGUGUAGCACUUGCCUGGAGAACUCUGUGUAAUUGAAAUUAUUUUUAAAUUGUUGCCUUUUCUCAUAUACAUCUUGCUGUGAAAAGAGAUUUAAAAAAUUAAAUAGUUUUCGCUCUACAGACUGAGGCAUUACAGGUGACUCACCCUGUAUAGUAGACUAUAUUUUUGACAUUCACUGUAAUAUGAUGGAGUAAUGGUGAAGGAACUUAAUUGUUUAAGCUGAAAAUGCAUUACGAUUUGGUCGACUUUAUCGAUUAGCGAUUACAAGGGUUAAAAACUGAAACGUUAAUAUAAAAGCUGUGAUGGAAGAUGGUGGAUUUUAUAUUUUUUUUGUUUGUUUUAAUAUAGUAUUAUCGAUUUGAUGCUUCCGAUUGAAUGGUUUUUGAAGAAUGUGGUCUUAAAGUCGAAUUUAACUUUUUAGCUGUUGUUUUUUAUUUUACGGGUGUUUUAGUUAAGCGCAAGUGAAAGUGGUGUUCACUUAUUCUGUGAUAAUGAAAACUUAGUAAUUUUAAUGUAAACACUGUUUCUAGCAUGACAAACUGAAUAAAAUUGUGAAAUAACAUG